AUGGCAAGAUCAACCACAAUAUUCGUCGUCUUGACAGCACUUCUCCAGAUAUGUCUUUUAGUAUCAGCAUCUCCAACCUCAGGGAAAUCGUACCCGGAACUUGAUUUAUUCGCACGACAGGCCACGAAUGAUAAUUGCGGGGCAGGAAGCAAACGAUGCACCAAUCCAAGCGUUUCUAACUUCUGUUGCCCAACUGGCACCGAUUGUAUACCGGUUCUCGGGAAUAAGGCAGUUGGAUGCUGCCCCACAGGCCAAGAUUGCCGUGUGAUCGGGACUUCAGAGUGUAGCAGCAUCGAAGGGGCUGUUAGCUCACCGUCGCUACUUACCCGCUGCAGCAGCGGAAAAUGUUGCCCUCCCGGUUAUCUUUGUGAUGGCAACCACUGUCAACUUGAGUAUAGUAGCUGGCCGACAAGUGUGGGCGACAAACAGCCAAUUUCUACUUCUUUGCCAUCUGAGGGUGGAGGAAAUUCAACUUCACUCUCUGAGGCCCAGAAACUUGCAGGGUUUAUCUCGAAAGAUGACUGUCCCGUCAUCACAGCAGGCGGUUUCGCCUCAGGAUUUGCACCCGGUUUGGUCGUCGGAGCUGCUUUAGCAUCUCUUAUAUUCUUUGUGAGGAACCGUAAGAGAGAGAGAAUGGCACGUAGCCGAAGCUGGAGCCGUAUGCCAUCUAAUCGCACCGGAUCUCGCAAGGGAAGCCGUAAUGCUACAAAUGAAAAGGUUAACUCGAAGGUCUCAUCCAAGCAAAGCGUCACCAUCGGAUACCAGCCAGAGGUUGUCGUCACUGCUCCAUCCGAGACAUAUGAUGGCUUGGGUGUCUCGAUCGAAGGUAGACACUACGCCACGAGUAAUACAAGCACUCAAAUGUUCGCUCAAUAUGACGAUUCGAGCGAUCAGGAGACUAGCCGUCGUGGCCAUCAUCGAGCCCAUGGAGAAACCCCACCUCUGCCUUCUCUGACUAUUCAUGGAGCCGAUUCCGCCGCUAUGGGUCAUAGUUCCGAGUUUCUAAACCCAUCCGGAUCAAACACGGUAACCCCUACAAAGAAGCACAAGCGCAAGAACUCGAACCCCAGUUUCAAGGAUCUUGCAAACGCUUCCAGGCUCAAAUUCCGUAACUUACUCUCCCACGAGAAUUUGAAGGAACAACGAGGAAGCUUAGGUUCAGAAACCUCUGUCGGCUCAUCUAUCCAUUCGAGUGUCUUCACUGGUAGUGAAAGACAGUCUCGUGGAAAUCGAUACCCAAUCGCUGUACAAACCAACGGUAAAGCUAAGGGGCCUUCGCAGGUGACUCCAACAAGCCUUCGACAGGAAGUUACCCUUGAGAGAGCCAAUACCACUGCCACUGAUGCCACCAACAUCGAUGACCAAUACACGCCAAUCACACCAUCGAACCCAAGGGCAUUCACAAAUUCCGAUGUUCCAAACCCUCCACCAGCCCCAAGCUCUCAUAUUGCCCUCCCUGUUAUCCAAGUUCCCCCUCACGAACAUACACUCCGCCCACAACUCACCUCUCCUGAACUCCGUGAGCAAUAUUUGAACAUCCCACAACCCGCACCCUUGAAGAUCGGCGAUAGGGCAUCAGUGGCCACAGAGAUGACCGAGGUAGAAGGUUACCGCUCUCCGUUCCAUGACCGCUUCCAAUAUGGUACCUACAUUGAAGAAGGUAUAUCACCUUCUGACUAUAGCGAUGAUGACCGUCGCUCCAUAGCAGCCAAUAGCACAUAUCCUUCUUCAUUCCUCGACAUCCAUUUCGAUAGCAAUAUAAGCCCCAUCUCACCCAUCGACUCAAACACUUACGGGAACAGGACCCUCAGAGAAGCCCCAUCACUCCCUGUCAUCCCUCCAUUGUUCCAGCACAAGAAUAAACCACUUGAAACUCUCGCUCAUUCUAACCCAAACCUCAAAUCGAGUGGCUCAAGGAAGAGCAAUAAACGAGCGGGUUCCCCAAUUGACCGUGAAAGUGUCGAUAUCACCGUCCUUAUCGACGAUCCAACUCACGGAGUAGCUCCAAAUUGGAGGAACAACAACCAUGUCGACAGCACCGGCUCCAACCGCACAAUUGGGAUUGGAGGAGCAAUGACUGGCGGCAGAUACACUCUGCAGACCAUGGAAAUAAACAAGUUCUAA